GUCACCAAACUGCAUAAACUGCAUGCACCACGCACGCGGAUCAGCAACAACACCCAGCGCCCGCAUUGUACUCAGGAACGAAAGGAACGAAAGGGUCCAGCUCCACCGCGCGUCAACCUUGUGUGAAAAUCAAGCGUCAUCAGUGUUCGCUCGUGUGACACGCUCUUGUUCGACGUCUCGUACACGACAAACGGAGGCAGCCAACAGCAUCAGCCAGUGUGCGCAUUGUAACUCAGGAACGACAGGGUCCAGCUCCACAGCGCGUGCGCUUGCCUGCAAAUCAAGCGUGCUAACAGGUAUGGCGGCACGCGCUUACGGGGGACUGUGUUUUCCCGACGGAGACGGAAGCGACUGCCAGAGGGCACUCCGGCGCCUCGAUGGCACCAAGGAAGCCUGGGUCAUCACCUCGGACCUCGAUUUCGUCCCCGGGCCAGUCCGUCAGGCAUGUGCGGACACCUACCCCGCCAAUCCGCUGAAGCAUUUCGCCGUCGUCGUUCUGGACCGGACCUCUCACACUUGGUUCAAGCUGGAACGCACUCGGGCGGACGUGGCAGUAACCAUCGUCAGACUUGACGACAUCACGGCGUUGAGCAAGACCGCCGGUUACACAUUCGAGGCCAGGGGCUGUCGCAUACUGCAGUUCCUUGAUUGCGAGGGCCGACACGGUUACGACUUGCUCUUGAACAACUGCCAGGUUUUCGCGCACAACUUUUGGAAGGAGUUCGUCGACGAAGAGGUUGACUUUCAGGCGUUCUUCGAGUGGGUGGGGACCAUGCCGCCGUGCGAUUCUUUUAAGAACGCUGUUCAAGCCGCCGCUAGGGGGCCUGCUGCCGCAGGGACCGUACUGCCGAUUACACUGGGGCCGACUGGCCGCAAGCUGGUCGCAGGAACCGUGCAGCUCCCUGCCGACCUCUCCCACUUCACUACGAGGCGGAAAAUCGUGGUGUUCGGACAGGCCGGUACCGGCAAGAGCAGCAUGAUCAACGCCAUAACCGGUUCGAAGUUGGCUACUGGUGACGGCGUGGGCGGUGUAACUCGCACGCAUAGGGCGGUCGAGAGGUCCUACCCAACGGACACCGGUGACAGGAUGGACCUCUGCAUCUUCGACACUGCGGGCCUGGACGAAUCAGCGGAAGGCACGGUUAACCCCGUGGAAGCGGUCGACACGCUGGUAAAGCUUUUCAGGGGCAUCUCAGGCGGGGUGAAUCUGCUGGUAUUUGUCCUCAGGAGAGGCAGGGCGCUGUCCAAGCUGCUGGAGUACUACAAGAUGUUUGCGAACGAUGUCGGAGGUGGCAGGGUGCCCAUUCUGGCCGUCGUGACCGGGUGCGAGGACCGAGCGGUCGAUGCCGACCUGCAGUCGUGGCUCUCUGACAGAGUAGACGGCGUUCAGAACAAGGAAAUGCUCCGGAAACUCGGCAUCGUACCCGCCGGCUUUGCGUGCACUAGCUUUGCCGAUCCGAAGAGCAGGCUCUUCACGCAGGAGGACUGCGACAAGUCCGUGACGAUCGUUCUGGAGAAGAUUCACAAGUUGUCGGCCGGUGAACCUAUCGUUCUGUGCGGGCAAUCACUUACGGAAGUUGCGAAGUUCAUCUACAGGAGCACCAACAAUGUGCUCGAGAAGUUGGCUUCCCUGUUCUCUUUCUCCAAAAUCCCUAAGAUGGCCUUUGGGGUUCCUAGAACGUUGGUGGACAUCUACAAGAGAGCCGGUGCUAGCGAACAGGACGCAACUUCCAGGGCUGCCGAGGUGGCUCUUGGCAAGAAAAGGGAUGACAUCCUCAUCAACUUGGAGAAAUUUGGUUACUCCGAUGAAGAUAUCCAAGCAGUCUUGUCGUCGGCUCUUAUAGUGGCCCAGCAGAGGGGGUCAUCUACAUAACUUUUUGAGGCAUGGCAAAACCGGGAUACGGUAGGUGCGCCCGCAGAUCGUUCAGGGGUGAUGCGUAUUUCAAAGUUGAUUUUAGAUGAUUUUUGGCUCAGCGAUCGUCUCAGGUUUGCUUUUGGGACUUCGUCCAUUCCAAAUUUGUCCAGAUGCAAUACCUAGUUUGAGAGGAGCGACGGACCCAUAUAGCUCGAGCGACACCGCCCGGCUGGAGCAUGUGUUCCAUUUUCGAGGUGGCAUAGCAGCUCCGGAUCCAUCGGCAGCUGACUGGCGGAGUGCGGAUUCAUCAUGUAGACUACGGACGAGAGGCCUUGAUUUCUGUUUGCUGGUUCACUAUUUUGGCGUCCGGACGUUCGGGGCGAUGAUGCCCUCAGGUUGGCGUGGACAAUGUCGGGGCAAGAGCGCAUGCCGAUACAGGCGUGUUGAGUGUUUUGAUGUGCUGGGUUCAGGUUGAGGGUUCGCAUCACAACGUGUGUGAGUAGAGAUAAUUUGCAGGUCGUCGAUCGUGUUUUGCCAGGGGACGUACAAGAAGGCCAGUGUACGCGAAAGAGGUGCAAAGGUAGGUCGGCAUCUCUUCCUUUGCAUCCAGUGCUUUCCAAUGUUUCCUACGCCUUCCAUUGGGCCUCAGGGAUUGGUACUCGCCGUCUCCGAGUUUUGUGCGGUCUGCUCGGAUACGCAUUCAUUCGUUCCCACGGUUAGGGUAUAAGCAGCAUUGGCCCGUACACGUGAGCUGCGUUGGGCGCGUCCGUUGUCUUUGUUUUGGGUGUUUGGUUUUUCUGGGCUGUUUUUUUUUCUUCCAUCCAACAUGUUCUUUUUGGGAAGGGUCGCGUCCGCCCAAUGUUUUGACGGUUACAUGAUAUUUUCAAGAUACAACUGUACCAUUGAAACAGGAACACCCUUUUUUUUAUGGUGACAUAAUUUGAUCGUGGAUGCGCCGCGGCAACUUUAUUGUUUUUUCUCUGGAUGCGAUUUUCCCUUUGCGUGCCUGCUGCGGCUUUGUUGUUGAGGGUUUGUUUUUAUUUGCUUUUCCUUGAUUUUCGCUUUCAGUCGAUUUUCCUACACACGUUUGGGUACUAGCCUGUGACCACGGAAGGCGUACCCGAUAGGAUCGAUCAGUGCGGAUAUUAGACGAUACUGAGGAAGAGAUUGUUAAGGAAAACAAUAUUUGCAUACGCGAUAACCAGUGGGUAUGGGUAUUGGAUUGCUGCAGAUGUUUGGCCUGUAGCGAGACUUUUUGUAGAACCGCGUACAAUCCUCGGUGUGUCACCUUUUGAUGCAGUAUGCGCAUCGUGUUGCACCAGGGUUGGUACAUUUGUGUCGAACGAUGGUCCUGUUUCUAUUUGUUUGUUGUCCGUUGGUUCGGAGAACUGGAUAGAUACGAGGACGUUGACAGCAAUACACAAAAUCGUCCGGGGCCUGUCGUUUGGACAUCCAACUGGGGGGGGGGAGCAUAGUGUGUGGAACUAUGGUUGGGUUGACUUGCAUGGUAGUGCCAUGACCGGUGAGAGGAACCUUUGCAAUGUUCUAUGUUUCCUGCGCGAAGGUCUUCGUAUUGCGUGUACUGCAUGUUGAAGCGACACGGGAGAUGACUCGGGUGGCCGGCAGAAAUCAGAGCUGCCCGAAGUAGUAGCAUACGAGGCUCGUGGCCGGGCGCUUCGUAACAGCGGGUAGGCGCAUGUCGUGUGUGGUGGUAUUGCGGUAAGGUUGAUUUACACUUAUCGUCUAGUGUAAAUAGUCACGAUUGCUCAAACAUAUGCACAGCAUGUGCCGGAGAAACGAACUUGGAAGCGCAUUUAAAUCGGUUCAGCUACUCUGCCAGGCGGAGAGUGUGGUGGCGCGCGACGAUUUCGAUGAUAUGAUAUCGCGGCCGAUCCCUGUUGGACAGCGCUUCGGAAACACAUAUGAUUGCGACGCUAGUGUCGCCGUGACGUCUUCGUGGUCAUUGCCAUCUAGACGCCACGGUCGGCAGGCGCGACCGGUUUUCUUCACCAGAUACGUGCCCUAC